CGGAGAAGACCAAUGGCGUCGCUUGUUGCUCCUUUAAUUCACCAUUUUCCGUGGAUUCGCCAACCGUUACCGUAUCUCACAUUGGAUGGUGUAUGUCUCUCCAGAUUGAGUUUGCUUAUUUAUGGCUGCCUUAAGAUUGAGAAAUCCAGAAUCAGGAUCAAGGAAGAAGGGAGAAGAACCUGUGCUGUUGAGUUUGGUUUUAUAGUUUGAUUUUAAGGUGAAAAUUUUCGCAGCGAUAGAUGAAAAGAUCUUUCUGUUGUCCUAACUGAUCCAUUCUGGAAUAUGGUUGAUCACGUCUUAGUUCUUGGCAAUGCAAAAAAAAAAAGAAAUCUUUUUUACAGUUUAAGGUGAGAAAAUUCACAUCCCAACCAAAUUUGCAUAUAUAGUAAGUAAUAUGAUUUAAUAUCUUCAUAUCAUCAUCAGUUCCAGCAAAUCUGUUUUCAACACGGGCAGGGAAAUUUUGACUGUUUCUAGUUUUCAUGAUCUUGUUUGAAACAUACUGCUGGUGCCUGGUGGAUUUAUGUUUCAAUAACAGUUUUUGGGAGGCGUGGAGUUAGUUUUGUCCCUGCGUUAACUCUGGUUGAUAACAGUUCUAUUUUUAGCUAGGUUCCGUUCUUCUCCUAAAGUGGAAUUGCUUUGGUUAUUUAUUAAUUUAUUUCUCUAAGCCUCUUUUCUAAGUCUUUGUAAACCUAGUUUUGGCUCAAUACAGAUUCCUUUGAGUUCCUGGUAAAUAGAUGUUUCAUUUUUUUCUCCAUAAACCACCCACUGACAUGUUCAUUUGAUAAAAAUUUAGGUGUCGAGUGAGGUCUUUAAUUAGUACAAUAUACUUUGUCCAUAUAAAAUUCUCUUGAGUGGCAAUGAUCUCGAAUGUGAGAGAAAAUUCUGAGAGAAAUGAAGCAAGGGAAGGGCCUAUAGCUAUUGCAAUUGACAGCGAUAAAACGAGCUGCCAAGCACUUAAAUGGGCUGUGGACCGUUAUAUACCCCGAGACGGGACAGUUAAACUCGUUCAUGUCAUCCAAAGAUCUGCUCUGAAUGCGAAUGGGUCUCACACAGAUGAUGAGUCAUCUGAAAGACAAAACAAUGGUAAACGAAGUACUAACUUUCUUCCAUUGCGCUGUCUUUGUAUGCGAAGAAAUAUUCAAAGCGAAGUUGUUUUGCUGGAAGAUCAGGAUGUGGCGAAAGCAUUGAUCGAAUAUAUUAGCCAGAAUUGUAUUUCCACAUUCUUGCUAGGUGCCUCAUUGAAAAAGAGCAUUACCAGGCUGUUCAAGGCUGAUGACAUUCCAAGUAAUGUGAUGAGAUGGGCUCCAGACUUCUGCACUGUAUUAGUCAUAUCAAAGGGAAGACUAUCAAGUGUACGGUCAGCCACUCGGCCUUUACCUCAGGCCUUGCCAUCUCCUUCUUCAGGGACUGCACCAUUGUCACCGUGCAGCAACACCGAUGAGGCUCCUUCGGAGAUGUCAUUGUCAAGAGAAGAUGACGUUUUCUUUGAGGAGUUUUCAUCGCUUGAUCGAGAUUCUAGUGUGAACUAUAGCAGGAUCAGUACAGACAGUUCGGGUCUCUCUUUCUAUAAGAAACUUGCAACUCCAUACAUGUUGGAAAUUCCUAGAUUUUCUGGUCUGUAUGAUGAGAAAUCAAACUGUUCGGUCUAUCUUAAUAGUCCUUCUGAUGAAAAUAAAGGUGCGUUAGUUUCCCCACUAUCGCCAGUCGAUGAUGCCGAGUCUGAGAUGAGAAGGCUGAAGAAAGAGCUGAAGGAAACAAUGAACAUGUACCACAGCGCCUGCAAAGAAGCUCUUAUGGAAAAAGAGAGAGCAACAGAGCUUGAGAUGUGGAAAAAGAAAGCAGAGUUAAGACUUCAAUUGGCUGAAGAAACAGCAACAAUGGCUAUCAUGGAGAUGGAGAAGACGAAACUGAAAGUACAGCAAAGAGUGGAGGCAGAGACAAAGGCGGUGAGAGGGAGAAGGAGUGAUGACAGACAGAUGGUGUUGGAUGCUCUUGGAGACUCUCAUUUUGAGGUUAAACAUGAGAGCUUGCUCCAUAUUUUAGUUGUACUUUUAUUAUUCUACGUCUAUUUCGCACUAAAAAAAUUCUCUUUCUUGUGAUUAGAGUUGGGUGAUAAAGUUUCUCUUCUGAGCCAGGAGAUAUAUGUCUCUCAUCUGGUCCAGGAGAAGUUGCUCAUUCAUUCUCUCUCUCUAGUCUCUUGUAUAGAUCAAUUAAAUUUCCUUUGAUUCUUCUUCACAAUUUUA